AUGUCGACGAUGCUCUGCGGGUCCACCGUCGAGUUCGAGUUCGCGGCUUUGACGCUCGCGUUCCUCGCGGGCGACCAAAACGGCGACACGAAGCUCGCGCUCGGCGACGAGCAGCUCCGCAUCGUCUGCCACGCGAUGCGCUCCAAGUUCGGCGCGCACGUCGGCUCGGCCUACUUCGAGCUCGCGGAGAUGGCCUACCGCUUCGCGUCCAUCGCCGCCUGCGCGGCGUCGACGGCCCUGAGGAGCCGCUGCCUCGAGGCGAAGGACGACAGCGGCGACGACGGCCGGUUCACUGUGUUCCUCGACAUCGACGGCGUGCUCAACAGCGCGAAGACGCGCGCCGAGGGCGACGCGGCGUUCCCCGACGCGGACACGCCCGCGCGCCACGCGCCGGACCCGGCCAUGGUCGCGCGGCUCGCGCGCGCGAUCCGCGACGGCGAGCGGCGGACGGGCCGCGGCUGCCGCCUCGUGCUCAGCAGCACGUGGCGCCUCCGGGGCGACGCGCUCGAGGCCGCCGAGGCGGCGCUCGGGCGCGCGGGGCUCGGCGUCGACGCCGUGACGCCGGACUACAGCGCCGCGGGCACGGAGAAUUUGAUCGACGGCCUCUUCAACGCGAUGGACACGCCGAACAACGUCGUGCCCAACGAGGCCGCGGGCGACCGCGUCGACGAGAUCUUCAGCGUCGUGAACCGCCUGGGCCUGCGAAAGCGCGGCGGCGUCUGGAUCGUCGUCGACGACCUCAACCUCCCCUGGCGGAACCCGCGGCUGCCCCGGGACCGCUUCGUGCGGACGAACGACGCGUUGGGGUUCACGGACGACAAGGCCGACGAGGCCGUCGCGAAGCUCGUCUGCCUGCACACGGGCGAGCCCUGGGAGGGCUGCGAGACCUGGGACGCGAAAUGGGCGCGGAGCUGGGACGCCGCGUGGGCCCUCAUCGACAACGGCCGCGGCGGCGACGCCGUCGACGACGAGGUCCCCGGCUUCGCGGUGCCGCGGCGGCGGCUCGUGCGCUUCGGAGGCGACGGCGCCGACUUCAAACGGUCCUACAGGGAGCUCCGCGAGGUCGGCCGCGGCGGCUACGGCCGCGUGUCCGUGGCGACGCACGCGGUGACGAUGCAGCGGCGCGCCGUGAAGCGCAUGACCGCGCGGCACCCGCGCGCGCACUUCUGGCUCCGCGCGCCGGCGGGCGCCGCGGCCUGGGACGCGGCCUGGGCGCUCGUGGACAACGAGGACCCGGACGACGGCUGGGACGCCUACCUGGGGUUCCUGGACAACGGCCGCGGCGGGCUCCGGCCCGAGCCGCCGCGGCCGGCGAAGCCGCCGGCGACGGUGCCCGCGGAGGUCGCGGCGCUCGUGGAGCUGGACCACCCCCACGUCGUCAAGCUCCACGAGCUCAUCCUCGUCAUGGAGUACCUCGGCGGCGGCACGCUCCUCGAGCGCGUCGCCGCGUCCGGCGGCGGCAUGGACGGCGCGGCCGCGGCGUCCGCGCUCAAGGCCAUGCUCAGCGCCGUCGUCUGCUGCCACGCGCGGGGCCUCGUCCACGGCGACCUCAAGCCGGACAACUUCUGCUACGACGACGACGUCGUCAAGCUCAUCGACUUUGGCAUGAGCAAGGACGUCGAGGCCGAGGCGCUCGAGACGCUGCAGGCCGGGUCGCUCGCGUACACGGCGCCGGAGACCUUCGACGCGGGCUACGGCGCGCCGUCGGACGUCUGGGCGCUCGGGUGCAUGUUCUUCCAGAUGGUCACGGGCGAGCUGCUCAUCGAGGGCCUCUGCGGCGGCGAGGUCGUGACGGCGUUCGGCGGCGUCAAGGUGACGGCCGACGACGACGCGCGCCGCGCGGUCUGCGACGCCGCGGCGAUCGCGCGGCGCCUCGAGGCCAAGGCGCGGCCGAAGCUCGACGCCGCGGGCUUCGACCUGCUGGCGCGCAUGCUCGCGCCGGACCCGGAGCGGCGCGCGACGGCGGCGGCGGCGCUCGCGCACCCGUGGGUCCGCCGCGGCGCGCGGACCGCGGCCGCGGACGCGCUCGACGGCGACCUCGUGCCGAAGCUGCGGCGCUUCGCGGCGCUGCCCGCGCUCCUGCGCACGGCCGUGCUCAUCGAGGCCCACGCGGCCGUGCGCGAGGAGGCGACGCACCGCGAGGCGGCGACGUUCGAGGCCGUCGACGCGGACGCGGACGGCGUGCUCGACGCCGACGACCUCCGCCGGGCCCUCGCGGGGCGCGGGGUCGCCGCGCCCGACGACCUCGGCGACGUCGUCCGCGCCUGCGACGUGUCCAAGUCCGGGAACCUCACGUUGAACGAAUUCACGGCCGCGACGAUGAGCCCGCGGCUCUUCACGCGCGAGGACCUCAGCGACGCGGCCUUCGCGGCCAUGGACGGCGACGGCGACGGCGUCAUCUCGCCCGCGGACCUCGAGCGCCUCCUCAGCGACUCGCCGACGCGCGCGGCCGUCGCGCGCGCCGUCCUCGCGGAGGUCGGCGCGGACGGCGGCUGCGACCGCGCGCGCUUCGACGAGGUCGUCCGCGCCGCGAGCCUCACGGCGGGCUGGCGGCCCGCGGCGUCCUAGUUCCGUUUUGGGGGUUUGUUAAACGGCGGCUUGCUUGG